AAAGUCAAAUGCGGAUUAAACUGAUUUAACCAAAAACUAGUGACGUUUUCAGCAAGGACCACACGUGUUUUGAAAUGGAAGUUGUUGUUGGAACGUAUGAAGAAGUUUUGCUUGGUUAUAGACUUGUCAGAUUAGGAGAGAAAUGGCAGUUUGAAUUAAGUUUUACUGAUAAUUCCCAUACAGGAUGUAUAAAAUCUAUUGCUGUAUCAACCAAAGGAAUUCUGGCAUCAGGAGGCACAGACGAGAACAUUAAGUUGUUUAAUUUAAAGAAAAGAUCAGAUUUGGGUUCUCUUGUUCAUCAUUCAGGAUCAGUUCUUGGAGUAGAAUUCUAUAAAGGUAACCACAUGUUUACUGUAAGCGAAGAUGGUUCUGUGGUAAUCUGGAAACACUAUACCUGGGAAUGUCUCAAAACACUGAGAGGACAUAAAUCAGGAGUUAAUAGCAUAUCUGUGCAUCCUAGUGGUAAAUUGGCCUUAACUGUAUCCAAAGACAAGACAUUGAAGACAUGGAACCUCAUUACUGGCAAAUGUGCUUACACAACUAAUCUCAAAUCAGUUGCUGAUUUGGUAUUAUGGUCUACAGAUGGAACAUAUUAUGCAGUUGUAUUUCAAACAAAGAUAGAUAUCUAUAAAGUAGAGACAGCAACAGUACAUUGUACAGUGACAACAGAGAAAAGACCUAAUGAUGUAGCAUUCUUAUCGGACACCAUUUUGGUAUAUGGAUGUGAAGGUGGAACAGUUUAUUUCCAUGAUAUAACAAAUAACCAACAACUUCAUCAAAUAGAUACAGACACAAACAGAAUAAGAGGAAUAACAUUGUUUACAGAUGAUGAAUUAUGUCAGUGUUUAAUAACAGCAUCUAGUGAUGGUUAUCUCAAACUAUAUCAAAUACAACAGAAUGAAGAUUCCAUCAGUACAACACUUCUUACAGAACAUGAUUCUAAAUUUAGAUUGACUUGUAUAUCUGUGUACUUACCAAAAACAUCUACAGACAAUACGGACAAUAAAGCAGUUACAGAAGAUGUAACAGAAGAAGUUGAAUCCAAGGAAGAUAACUCUGAUCAAGAGACAUUAAAAACAGAAACCCCUAAAAAAACAAAGAAAAAUGACAAACGGAAGAAAUUACAGAAAAAAAAUGCAGAAAAGGAAUUUGUAACUGUUGAUAGUGUAAAAGAAGCAAAAAUUAAGGCAAAGAAAAGAAAAAGGAUGAUGAAAAAACAAAGUGCUAAAAAAUUAAAGAUAUGAAACAGUA